AUGGAAGAACCUCCAAAGACACAUGUGACCCACCACCCCAUCUCUGACCAUGAGGUCACCCUGAGGUGCUGGGCCCUGGGCUUCUACCCUGCGGAGAUCACCCUGACCUGGCAGCGUGAUGGGGAGGACCUGACCCAGGACACGGAGCUUGUGGAGACCAGGCCUGCAGGGGACGGGAACUUCCAGAAGUGGGCGGCUGUGGUGGUGCCUUUUGGAGAGGAGCAGACAUACACAUGCCAUGUGCAGCACGAGGGGCUACGUGAGCCCGUGACCCUGAGAUGGGAGCCGCCUCCUCAGUCCACCAUCCUCAUCGUGGGCGUCAUUGCUGGCCUGGGUCUCCUUGGAGCUGUGGUGGCUGGAGCUGUGUUCUGGAGGAAGAAGCACUCAGGCAGCGACAGUGUCAAGAGCUCUGAAUGGUCUCUCACAGCAGCCUUCCUGUUGCAGCAGAGGUGGGGCCGGGCCAUCUCCAUCCCUGUCUCAACUUCGUGUUGCACUGAGCUGCAACUUCUCACUACCUCGUUGAAAAUAAAAAUCAGAAUGUUUUUUCAAAUUCUUGCCAUGAAGGAUUGAUGAGUUAAUUAAAUAAGAAGAUUCCUAAAAUUUAGGAGAGAAAAUAAAUGGAAGACCCGAGAAUCUUCCAGAAUCUG